GAAAGGGCGGGCCAAGUCCAAGGUUCUGGAGCGCCAGACCAGGCUGGAAGCAGCGGCUGCUGCAAGAGGAACGAGGGAACCGUGAUGGAGGGAAAUGAUCCAGAUCCCUGGGACUUUGCAACGAAAAUGGAAGAGAUUCUGUCACUUGUGAAACAAAUGCAGAAUGUGGAAAUUCUGGAGCCAAAAGUUGAAGAGCUAGUAAAAAGGAUCAAUAAACUGCAGCAAGCCAAGAAGAUAUUAAGCGAGGAGCUCUCUGAGGCAAAUGAGCAUAGCAAGACACUGCAAAGGGAACUGGAAAUAUUAAAUGCUGAGAAAUCAAGCCUUGAGGAAAUAUGGAGUGAAAUGAAAGGGACACGACAAAUUGUACAGCUGCACUGUGAAGAGACAGAAACAGAGAUGCAGAGGCAGCAGAAAAUGAACCUAGAGCGCAAGCAGCGAAUUGAAGAACUCACAGCCAAGAUCCAAGAAGAGAGAGUAAAGCAAAGAGACCAGAGACUGGAGUUUGAGCACCUACUUAAUGAGCUGAUGGAGAAGCACAAGAGUCUCUGGGAGCUUUACGCUAGGGAGAAACCAGCAGUGGCUGACAUAAGAGAGAAGAAGGAGUGUUUGCUCAGUGAAGAUAAAAUGAUCCAGGAGAAACUGGCCCAUGCCCAAGAUGAAUUAGAUUUGAUUAGCCAGUCGGUCUUCAUUAAGGAGAGGGAGUUCCUGAAGAGCCAGGAGGCUGCAACAGCCUUGAAGUUGUUUCAAGAGGAAAAGAAGGCAGCAAAAGAAUACCUUGAAGCAGUCUCUAAGUACCAUUCUGAUCUGAAGCAAAGAUGUAGCAGAUUAAAAACAGAGCUGGAAGAGAUGGAGAUGGAGGAUAGUAGCACCAGUGAGAAUUAGUUUAAGAUGCUGAGUGCUGCAGCAGAGGAUACAGAGUACAGGUUCAUGCGAGUGGAAGUUUGCUUUUAGUAGCAAGAAAAAUGAUAACCCCCUGAGGAAUGUUGGUACCUUGCUUCACCCUCAACAUUUGCAAGGCAUUUGUUAAUAAAGUAGUUUGAUGGA